AUGAGCUACUACAACCCGCAUGCCCCUGUCGGCGCCCCGCCCCCGCAAGGGUACCCGAUGGACCCGUACGCCAAGACCGGCGUCGAGGAGAGCCAGCACCAGCACCAGCCGUACCCGACGCCGCCGGGCCAGCCGUACCCGCCGUCGCCGCAGAACCAGCCGUACCCUCCGUCGCCGCCGAACCAGCCGUACCCUCCUGCGCCGAACCAGCCGUACCCGCCGUCGCCGCCGAACCAGCCGUACCCUCCUCCGCCGAACCAGCCGUACCCGCCGUCGCCGCCGCAGCAGCAGAACCGCGAGCAGUACGCGCCACUGCCGCCCGGCCAGCCGUACCCGUCGCCGGCUGGCCAACCGUACCCGCCGCCGCCGGUCCAGCCGUACCCGCCGCCGAUGGCUUACCCGGCGCACCAGUACGCGCAGCCCUACGGGUACCCGCCGCCGCAGCCGUACCCGCCGUACGCGCAGCCUCCACCGCCCCCGCCGCACCGGCACGAGGGCCCGUCCUUCGCCCAGGGAUGGAAACGGCAGAACAGAAAUGGUAAAUGGAUGGGCACGAGGUACCGGGAAAACGGGGUCACGAUGUGCUACCUUCGAGACGGGAACACGUCUGGGUCUGUCACGCAUAUGCAGACCAUACGUGUAUGCGAGAUGACCAACUAG